AUGAUUUUGGUCUAUGUUGAUGAUAUAGUUCUGGGUGGUACUGAUAUUGAGGAAAUCACACGCACCAAAUCAAUGUUAGAUGCUAAAUUUAGCAUUAAAGAUUUAGGAACCCUCAAAUACUUCCUAGGUUUUGAGGUUGCUCGCAGAACACAAGGAAUAUGUAUUUGCCAAAGAAAAUAUGCCCUUAAUUUGAUUACUUAUGUUGGCCUUCUUGGUGCCAAACCUUAUGCCACACCCAUGCAACCUCAUCUUCACUUGCACCAAGCCUUUGGUAUUCCAAUUUCUGAAUCAUCCACAUAUAGAAGAUUACUUGGUCGUUUGUUAUAUCUCACACACACUCGCCUAGAAAUUGCUUAUGCUGUAAGCAAAUUAUCCCAAUUUCUUGCCAAUCCAACAGACAAACACAUGCUUGAUGGUCUUCAUGUGUUGAAAUACCUCAAAAACAAUCCUGGUCAGGGUUUGCUCUUCAGAUCUUCUUCUGCUUUACGCCUCACCGGCUUCUCUAAAUCAGACCGGAGAGCUUGCCCCGAUACUCGUCGUUCCACAUCCGACAUUUGUUUCUUUCUUGGCGACUCAAUUAUUAGUUGGAAGAGCAAGAAAUUGGUUGUUAUUUCCAGAUCUUCCUCUGAGGCUGAAUAUUAA